AAAAUUGGAAAAUUAAACAAAAAAAGUUAUCUAUAACCACCAACUUCUACUUCAUUUGCCAUCUGAUACCAAUUCAUCAAAUUCAAUUGAAUAUCAAUCAAUCAAUCAAAUUACAAUGUUAAGACAAACUGUUCGUUCCUUCGCCACUACUCCUAUAAAAUCUGCCUUUGCUAGAGCUUCUAUCUUGGGUUCAGUUGGUGCUGUUAAUUUUAGAGAAACUAAAGAUGGAAAUAGAUUUAUUCAAUAUUCUUUAGCUGUUAAUAAAACUUUCCCUGAAGAAACUACUGAAUGGUAUAAUAUUUCUGUAUUCAAUGAAGGUCAAAUUGCUGCUUUAGAAAAAUUCAUUAAACCAGGAACUAGAUUAUUAGUUGAUGCUGAUAUUAAACAAAAAGUUAUUGUUGAUGAAGCUACUGGUGAAAAGAAAUACGUUACUAAUUUCAGACAAAAGAGUUUUGACUUGUUAUAUUUUGGUGGUAAAAGAGCUGAAGAUGCUGACGUGACUGAACAUGAAGAAUAGAUGUAUUCAUCUUUAAUUCAACUUUCUCUCUAGUUCUAGUUCUUAACCUUUAUAUGUACAUAUCUUUUUGUUAUAUUUUUAUCUUCUUCUUAUUUGUUUUGAAUAUAAUUUGAUGAUUAUUAUUCAUUAUUAU